AUGUCGCCGCACGCGCAGGCGCCCGCGACGGCGGCCGAGAAGGUCGCCUCCUUCUUCUCCCGCCUGAGCCCCGUGCCGGCCUUCCCCGACUACACCGGCCCGCACAAGGUCGGCACCGUCGACAUCGAGGUGCCCGUCUCCGAGCUCGAGUCGCCCAGUCCGACCCCAUACAGCGCUUCCGAGAUCUACACCGUCCAGUGCCGCGUCUUCUAUCCCGCGGUGCCCGAAUCGAACGGCAAGAGGAUCAACUGGUUGCCUUCGCCCCAGCGCCAGCAUGUCUCGGCGUACACCCAGUUCAUUGGCAUUCGCCCUAUGGUCGCCGACAUGAUCUCCUUCUUCCCCCGACACCUGCACUACACCACGAUACCCGUCCACAAGAACGCCGAGAUCCUCGAACCCGACACCCUGAACCGCCGCUGGCCGACCAUGAUCUUCUCCCACGGCCUGGGAGGAAACCGAAACACAUACUCCGCCGUCGCGGGCUCCCUAGCCUCCCACGGCGUCGUCGUAAUCUGCCCCGAACACCGCGACGGCAGCGCCGUAGCCUCCUUCGUCCGCAUCCCCGACAAGCAAGACCAAUACUUCGUCCGCAACACCCGUCGCGCCAUCCCCUACAUCCGCCUCGACCACGAAGCCCGCCCGGAGAUCUACGAGGCCCGCGAGGACCAACUGCGCAUCCGCCUCUGGGAGCUGGGCCUGAUCCACGUCGUGACGGUCAACCUGGACCUCGGCAUGGCCAUGACGAACCUGAACAAGUCCACGCCCAGCCUGACGCAGUUCAAGAACAAGCUCCACGUCCACGAGCCCGGCUGCAUCAUCUUCGGCGGCCACAGCUUCGGCUCCGCCUCGGUCGUCCAGUUCCUCAAGACGACAUACUACGCCGAGUCGUCCGCCCUCGCACACGUCCCCAAGCCGCUCUUCACGCCGCGACGCGACUCGGCCCUCUGCAACCAAAUCACCGAAAAGAACGUCACGAUGCUGCUCGACAUGUGGUGCUUCCCCCUCCUCGCGCCGGGCUCCUCCGCCCUCUUCGACCUCCCGCUGCCCGCCUACGCGAACAAGCCCGCCGCGCCCGGCGGCCACGCCAUCCUGGCCGUCGAGUCGGACGCCUUCUUCAAGUGGAAAGACCACCUCCACGUCACCGCGCGCGUCCUCUCCCCGGCGCCCUCGACGCAGCUCAUCACCCCGUCCGUCUUCCGCCGCAGCGGCGUCCGCCUCCCCGAGCCCAACUUCUUCUACGUCGAGAACUCGGCCCACCUGAGCCAGUCCGACUUCGGCGUCCUCUUCCCCUGGCUCACCAAGAAGAUCUUCAACUCGGAGGAGCCCGAGCGCGCCCUCCGCCUCAACCUCCGCGCCCAGCUGCAGCUCCUCCGCGCCAACGACGUCCCCGUCGCCCGCACCUGGAUCGGCGACCUCGUCGACGGCACCGGCUCCGGCAAGCUCGGCAUCGCCGGCGACGAGGACGCCGACAACGGGCCCGACGACGGGCUCACGGACGACAAGGCCAUCUUCGACCGCGGCGGGGGGAAGGUGCGGUACUGGAAGGCGAUCGACGUCAUCGGCAUGGGCUCGGCGGAGGAGGCGCCCGCGACGAGCACCACGACGGACGCGACGGCCGCGACCACGCCGGGCGAGGGCGGCGUGAACGCGCAGGUCGCGGGCGUGGAGCAGACGGACCGCGACAUGGAGGAGGAGCUGGAGCCGUUGCAGGCCGUGGCCAGCGCCGCGCAGCGCCAGGCGCAGACGGCUACCGUCAGGACAUGA